AUGGGUCCUCUUCCUGGUGAGACGGCCAUUUCGGCCAAGCGUGCCGAGCUCGCUGGUAAAGGUGGAAUCUUGGGUUUGAUCAGUAAUAAGAAAACUUCCUUGAUUGGACUAUUCGCGUCGCUGGGUGGUUUCGUUUAUGGAUACAACCAGGGAAUGUUCGCACAGGUCUUGACCAUGAAGUCUUUCCAAGAAGCCACGAAUGGAUAUGCCGCCCAAACAAGUAUCGAGCAGGGUAUGCUGACGUCGGUGCUCGAACUCGGUGCGUGGGUGGGAACACUCGCCAAUGGAUACUUGGCCGAUAGACUCGGUCGCCGUCUGACUGUGCUGGUUGCCGUGGCUGUCUUCUGCGUUGGUGUGAUUGUGCAGGCAUGCACACAGAACAAGGAUUAUGUCUUUGCUGGUAGAUUCGUCACUGGUCUGGGUGUUGGUAGUUUGAGUAUGGUGGUACCACUGUACAACGCUGAACUGGCACCUCCUGAAAUUCGUGGAUCCCUCGUCGCCGUGCAACAACUGGCUAUCACAUUCGGUAUCAUGGUGUCCUUCUGGAUCGGAUACGGAACGAAUUACAUCGGAGGUACAGGAGCAGGCCAAUCAGAUGCAGCCUGGUUGAUCCCCAUCUGUAUUCAGAUUCUGCCCGCCCUCGUCCUUGCCGCCGGAAUGAUACUCUUCAUGCCCCAAUCCCCGCGUCACCUCAUGAAUACCGGUCGCGAGGAGGAGUGCCUGCAGACUUUGGCUCGUCUGCGUGGAACCACUACCGACGAUCUGCUUGUGCGGAUUGAGCACCUCGAAAUCAAGAGUUUAUACCUGUUUGAGAGGGAAACAGCCGCGGAGAAAUACCCGCAUUUGCAAGAUGGAUCUUUCAAGAGCAACUUCAAGAUGGGUCUCAAUGAUUACAUGUCGCUCAUUACGAACAAGUCUUUGUUCAAACGGACAUCCGUUGCUUGUAUGAUCAUGGUUUUCCAGCAGUGGAACGGUAUUAAUGCUAUCAACUACUACGCCCCAUACAUCUUCGAGGAUAUGCAACUGCCCGGAAACACCACCACCCUCCUCGCCACCGGUGUCGUCGGCAUUGUGGAGUUCCUUUUUACCAUUCCUGCCGUGCUCUGGGUGGAUCAAAUCGGUCGCAAGAAGAUUCUCAUCGCCGGUGCUGUGGGUAUGGCUACCUGCCACUUCAUCGUUGCCGGCAUCAUUGGCGGGUACCAGGGCAAAUGGCUGGAGAACCGGGCCGCUGGAUGGACUGCUAUUGUGUUUGUGUGGAUCUUUGUGAUCAACUUUGCUUACUCUUGGGGUCCCGUCGCAUGGAUUGUUACCUCUGAGGUCUUCCCAUUGAGUAUGCGUGCUAAGGGUGUUAGUAUUGGUGGUAGCAGCAACUGGUUGAACAACUUCGCGGUCGCUACCGCGACCUCUCCCUUCGUGAAGGCUUCAACCUACGGUACAUUCAUCUUCUUCGGAUGCGUCACGGUGGUCGGUAUUCUAUACGUGAUUUUCUUCGUCCCCGAAACCCGGGGCCGUACUCUGGAGGAGAUGGACGAGAUCUUCGGUUCAACUGGUCUGGCCGCCGCAGAUGCCGAGCGCAAGCAUCGCAUUGAAAGCGAAAUUGGUCUCCUCGCUCUGGUCGGCGUGGAGGGCCACUCCGGUGCGGAAAAGCAGGAUUUCGAGGCUUCACAUAGUGAAAAGGUCGUUGAGACCACGACUCAGGCCCCUGAGACUCACACCGAUACCACACAGUAA